AUAAGCUCACAAAACUGGACCAUCGAUUGCGGAAGCUUAUUGGAAAGGUGGCAUCCUAUGACGGUGCCACGGUGAAAGUCACUGAGCUCUUCAGCAAGGCCAUUCUAUUGCUCAUGUUUCUCUAUGGAGAUUGCAUGGCUGUGUGCUCGAUUGCAUACGUCUGUCAGUAACUGGUUUGGCUGAAAUAAGCAAAUCCACUAAUUUGAAGGGGUGCCCACAUACUUCUGUGUAUAUAGUGUACUUUUCGUCAUGCAGUGUAUGUAUGUCUAAGGGUAAAACCCUUUUGCUCGGAUUUGACUGUUUUUAUCUUCCAUGGCCGUGCCCUGAGAGAGCGACUCCGGUUUGUCCAGUUGCGCAAUCACCAGAUAAACAAACUGAAUCCACUGUGAAGCUGAUAAGGGAAGUAACACAGGCAUAGGGAAGAUGACAGCGCUAGAUCUGGCCAGAAGAGGUGCCAGAGUCAUCCUGGCCUGCCGCAGCAAACGGAGAGCUGAGGCCGCGCUCGCUGACAUCAAGAGGGAGAGCGGGAGCAAUGAGGUGGUGUUCAUGCAGCUGGAUCUGGGGAGUCUGAAGUCUGUUCGCUCCUUUGCUGAAACCUUCCUAAAGACUGAGCCCAGACUUGACCUGCUCAUCAACAAUGCAGGUAUUUACAUGCCAGGCACCACAGAUGACGGCUUGGGGAUGAUGUUUAGUGUCAACCACAUCGGUCCCUUCCUGUUGACCAACCUGCUGUUAGACCGUAUGAAGGAGUGUGGUCCGAGUCGAGUGGUCAACGUGUCAUCCAUCGGUCAUAACUUCGGCACCAUCGACUUCAACUGUUUGAGCACUCACAAGGAGUUAGGAGUUGGAAAUUCUGCCACAGAUGUUUUCAACAUCUACGCCAACAGCAAGCUGUGUAAUGUUCUCUUCACGCAUGAGCUGGCCAAGAGACUGCAGGGCACAAAUGUUACCUGCUACACCCUUCACCCAGGAGCCAUCAACUCUGAACUGUUUCGCAAUGUCAGCAAGGUGUUCAUGAUUCUGAUGAAGCCUUUCCUCAUGUUCUUCUUCAAGGACACUGUGGCGGGGUCUCAGACCACCCUACACUGUGCCCUGCAGGAGGGCCUGGAGCCCCUCUCUGGAUGCUACUUUUCUAACUGUACAGUCAGGAACCUCUAUGCUAAGGCCAGAGACAACGCGGUGGCCAAGAAGCUAUGGGAAGUCAGUGAGAGUCUGAGUGGCCUAUCCUCUUAAGAAAACCACUGUGAAUCUCCAGUUUUAACUGGGCUUCAACCUACUAACCAAUAUGCUGUGUUCUUCCAAAACAAAUCUGUCAUUCUUUCAGUUUUGCUUUAUAAAAUGUACAUGAAUAGAAAUAUAUGGAUGAAGCGCUUGCUUUUUCUUACCUAACAUUGAUUUAUGGGACAUUUAAUUAGAGACGUUAUUUAUAUUUCUUACAAAACAGUAAAUAAGCCUAAAAUGUUAA